AAAGGAUCCGCUAAUUUGACAUACUGGUAGUAUUGUCUACUGCAGUUAGACAAUAUGUUUCUCAGCCUGGUAAUAAGAAUGUUGCAAAUUUUCAUGGCUGUUCUGCUGAUGGCUUCAGCAGGGCAAGGGGCGUUGUCCUCGCUCAAUACCAACGCAUUGCUUACGGGAAUGAUUGAGGUACCCUCUGAAGCAAGGGUUGCUUCACAGUUUCAACCUGUACAGGCCAAGAGUUCGCCGAGUCUUCCAGAUAUCUUUAGAAGUGUUGAGAGUGUUAUACCAAGCGCCCGAAAGAGUUUUCCUAGCGCCAAAAGUAUUUCACCAAGCGUCCAAGAUAUCGCUCCAAGUCUUUCUGUCAUUCAGUCAUCGGUUAACGACGCUAUCAGCAAAAUAAGGACAGAAAACCUCGCCGAAGCCAAACUUGGAGCGUUCGAUACGGUGGACAGUGCCACUGAAGGGUUCGGUCCACAUUUAGGAACCAGUUCUAAGGCGAUAGCACUAGCUGAAUUUGCUGACCUCGUGGUGGAAACAGCCAAAGACACGGCGACCAGAUUGAACGUCCAGACCGCCCCAGGGAUCAGAAGAGCCCUCAGUAAAGUCGGUACUAACUUUCUCGUCCCAGCCAAGCGACGCUGUCCUUUCUCAAACCCCAGAUGUGAUUCGAGUUCACAGUACCGGACAAUAGACGGCUCCUGUAACAACUUGAAUAACCCCCUGUGGGGUAGGGCAUUCACGGCAUUCGAGCGAUUUCUCCCACCGGCAUACGACGAUGGAGUUAAUUCACCAAGAACGAAAGGUGUUUUUCGUAAACCACUCCCCUCCGCCCGAAAUGUUAGUCUGGAAGUACAUACUAACUUAGGCGUUCGAGCGAAGAAACUAAGUCACCUUGCCAUGGAAUUCGGACAAUUUGUUAGCCACGACAUCCAAAUGAAUGCUCUCGCUAAAGGAUAUGGCGGGAGAAACCUAAACUGCUGUCGAUUUAAAAAAAGGAAAAAUUGCUUCCAUAUCCCUGUUGCUAGUAAUGAUGAGUUCUUUGACAAAACUUGUUUAAAUUUCGUGAGAGCACUUCCAGCACCGUCCCUCGACUGCCGUCUAGGUGUCCGACAGCAGCUGAAUCAAGUAACACACUUCCUGGACGGUUCUGCUAUAUACGGUUCUGACCAGGAAAAUCUCAACCUGCUCCGGGACGGAGCCUUCCUCAAAUCUCAAGGCAACAAUGAUCUAUUGCCUCUUAAUUCGAACGCCAUCUGUGCCCAGGCUUCCAGGAAUAAGUGCUUUCGAGCAGGUGAUGUUCGAGUGAACCAGCAGCCCGCUCUGAUUUCUCUACAGACAGUAUGGAUGAGACAUCACAAUAAUCUAGCUAGGCAAAUCAAAGGCGCCAACUCGGGUAUGAGUGAUGAAAUUAUCUUCCAGGAAACCAAGAAACUCGUCACUGCCCAGUUACAGCAUAUCACUUACAAUGAAUGGCUUCAAGAAAUUCUGGGAGAUACUAUUAUGAAUCAGUUCGAUCUAAAGCCAAGACCAUCUGGUCAAUACUACACUGAUUACAAUACAGCCGUGAAGCCAAUGAUCAGAAACGCCUUUUCAGCUGCAGCAUUUAGGUUCGGCCACAGCAUGAUAGGAGACGACAUCACGGAAAAGAAGGCGUCUGGCACCGUCCUUCAUCACAGGCUACAUACCACCUUCCUGAAACCUGAACUCGCUUAUAGUGGCGGCGUCAACUCCAUUAUGACGGGAUUGUAUAACUCACCAUCACACAAGACGGAUCAGCAUCUAACACACGAAGUUACAAGACAUUUAUUUCAGACUGCACCGAAGAAUGGCCUGGACUUGGCAGCUUUAAACAUUCAGCGAGGACGUGACCACGGCAUAUUUGAUUACAACACUUGGAGAGUUGCAUGUAAUCUGGGUCUUGCUCAGAACUUUGAUGGAUUGGAUUUCCAUUCCGACGACAUGAAGAACCUUCUUAAGAAAGUUUAUGAUACUGUAUUUGACAUUGACUUGUUCACUGGAGGCGUGUCAGAAAGCAUCACCCCCGGCGGAAACAUUGGUACCACGUUUGCCUGUCUUAUUGGAAUACAGUUCCAGGCUCUGAAGAAAGGAGAUCGAUUUUUCUAUGAAAGUGAUACAAACGUAAAAUUCCCCAUUGGCGUUUUAGAUGAAAUACGGAAGACAACCAUGGCAAAGAUUAUAUGUGACACAACAGGCGUAACAUCGAUACCUCGCAAUGUAUUCAGAAAACAGUCAUCGACGAGUAACCCGGAUGUAAAUUGCGGAUCCUUACCUAGCCCGUCCUUCUGUUCCCCAGUCAACGGUAGGUGGAGUUCCUGGUCAGCAUGGUCUUUUACCCCGGGGUGCAUCUCGGUAAAAACAAGAACCAGACAAUGCAAUAAUCCAGCUCCAAAUGCGUGUGGUCAGGAUUGUUCAGGAUCCAAAAGGGAUGUACAGCUUGGAGGGGGAACUGGAGGCGGGAUAUUUGAUCUAACUGGAAAUAAUUGUAACCAAAGGUCUCGUUUACCGAUCCGACCGGUACCUCUUCCUAACCCAGGACUUCCAUUUCCAAGACUUCCAUUUCCAAGAAUUCCGGAAAUCCCAAGACUUCCGGAAAUUCCACGAUUUCGAAAUAUCCAAAAUAUAGCUAUACCUUGAUCACACAUAAGUGCUAGUAGUUUACAUAUGGCCUAAUUAAUAUAUAGAUAUGCAUUAAAUUACUGUUCAAUAUUCAAGGUCGCAUGACAAACUUUCUACUUCAUACAUAUAUAAUUAAUUAUUCCAUAGAUGUUACUCAUAUCUCUGUAUUAACGGAAUAAUGUUUGGUCCAGGUGUUCGAUCCUCUAAUUCCCGGAUGGAGUACAAGGAGUAUUUGCAAGAUAUGACAUUCUGCAAAAAAAACAUCAAGCUUUCCUAUAUUUAUACGUUAAUUGUUUUGUUAUUAAUGACGAAAUCGUGUCGAAUCUAUUUUUGCUUGAAAUAAUGACCUUACACACGUUUAAUUAUAAUGAUUGAUUAUUGAUUGACGUACAUAAUUGCAUAUUUGUACAUAUCCUUUAAUUUUCAUGAACAUCAUAUUUUGUGUUUUUCUAAUUAUUGUAUUUCUGCAUCGCGAGGUUGGAAUUUUAGUCGUUUCUUUACCGUGGAUACAUUUAAUUAUUUCUUGCUUUUUUGUGAUAUGCAAUUGAUAUUUUGUCUGUCUUAAUAAAUGUUAAUCCGU